AUGGGGUUUCCUCUCCCAUCGCGUGACCAUGCUGCGUUUUGGGGGCUUGGCCUCGUGAACAACUUCACCUUUUGCGUCUUCAUAACUGCUGCUGAAGAAAUCAUCAAAGGAUAUGCAGGGCUCAUCCUUCUGUGCACAGUAGUGCCCGGCUUUCUGAGUCGCCUCGUCCUUUCGCUAUAUGCGGAACGUGUCCCUUAUGCCCUGCGAAUCGCCGUUGUAUCUGUCUCGUCAUGUUUUUGCAUUCUGGUGGUCGCGCUUUCUUCCUCGGUUCCUGUUCAAAUGCUUGCAUUGGCGCUUCAAGCGACCAUCGGCGCACUCGGGGAAAUCUCAUUUCUCGCGCUCACGUCGAGAUUUUCGGAUUCAGUGGUUGGUGCUUGGGCGAGCGGUACAGGGGCUUCCGGGAUCGCAGGCGCGGGAAUCUAUGUUCUUCUUAGAGAAGUGUUUGGAUUAUCAUCGUCGCAAACAUUAAUUUCUUGUUCUUGGAUCCCGCUGGUACUGAUUGUAAUCUACCAGGGUGUCCUUGUCAAUUCCCCGUCGUUUGAACGCAUACCGUCCGAAGACGAAGUUGAAACUGCACAAACUGCGGUCGAAAUAGAAGAAAAAAUAUCUACAACAAAGAAAGAGUUCUUCCCUACGCUCCUGAAGACCUACAUGAUUCCACUCGCUGUCGUCUACUUCGCGGAGUACACAAUUAACGAAGGAGUGCUUGGCACUCUAACUACAUUCAAAAAUAACAAAGAGUACGAGGUGGAAAGGAUUUACACCCAACUGCAAUUCACGUAUCAGAUCGCAGUGUUUUUCGCAAGGAGCUCAAUAUGUGUGGUCAAAAUUCACGCCAUCUGGGUGUUACCAAUACUGCAACUGCUUAAUCUUGUGGUUUUGGCGUUCGGCUCCAUGUUCAUGUUGGUUCCCUCAGCCGCGGUAGCUUUCCUAAUUGUCUUCUGGGAAGGGCUUCUCGGAGGACUUACAUACGUGAAUGCAUUCUAUAGAAUAAAGACGGAAACACCCGCACACUUGAAAGAGUGGGCUUUAGGAACAGCAACAGUAGGAGACGCAGCUGGGAUCUCAUUGGCAGCAAUAGUUAGCAUUUGGUUAGAGAGCGCUAUAGUAAAUUUUCAGAAGUCGUCUUAG